AUGGCUGAAGUUAUUGGUAUCGCCUCAGGCCUUGCUGGCCUGGUUUCCUUGGCACUCCAGUCGAGCAAAACACUCUUUAGCACUGUUCAAAGCCUUCGCAAUCGAGAAAAGUCUAUCCGGGAUCUCCGAGAAGCGUUGCAGGACCUUGAUGAAGUGCUAAACAUCCUCCGGGAAUCAAUAAGCACAGCCCCCUUCCUCAACAGUGGAAUCAUUGAAAGACCCCUGGGUCGAUGUUGUAAAGCAUGCAAUGAUUUCAACGCAUUGAUCAUACAUUGUUCUGAGCAUUCAAGCGACAACAAAUUCAGUAUCCGUGAUUGGGCAAAAUUGCGGUACAUGGGUGAAGACGUCGUUGGCUUUCAGACUAUGAUUUCGGGCUAUAAAUCUACAAUUACCAUUGCACUUGCCUACGCAAAUAUGGCUGGGGGGGAGGGGGCGCUUUCUUAUUCGGCACUCGUUGACUCCUCCAGGAAUUUAACCAAAACAACGAAGAACGUCAUUGAUGAAUACAACGAAAUCAUCGAAGACACCAAAUGCGAUCUUGGUCUUCAUCUACAGUCCAUUGAGAAAAGAUUGGCGUCAUUAUCCUCUGGAGAAAUGAUAUCCAUCAAUGUUCAGAUGAUGGAAGAGGAAAGAGAAAGCACACAGCAAGGCCUCGAAAUCUGUGAUCAAUUUUCUGCUUAUAUAGAGCAGACAAGGUCCACCUCGCUAGAAAAGAUGACUCGAGUUCCAACUAUCUCCGAAAUGGGAUCAUCACCCAUAGGACACAACAACAUACCGUGGUUAAUCCUCUCGCAAGCCUUGACUUCUGCGGAGAGAGAGAUCAUUAAUUCUAGGUUGAGGCUACUGCAACAUCAAAAUGAACGAGGAGGACAGGCCCGAUUAUUGCAUCGCCGAGAAUCGCUGCUACAGGACCAUGAAACAGGCGAGCAAAAUGAUAGUCAAGAAGAGGCCGACAAUAUCAAAGAAUCUUUGAAUUUUUUUGAUCGAAUAUCUCAAGAACCGAGCAAGGAUCGAACCAACCACUUCGAGGAUAUCACGACCGGCGAUAGGAGUACACAAGCAGUUGUGUCAACGCUCAAAGAUCUUAUUUCUGCAAGACGAAUCACUUCGGGAUCUGACUCGCUACAAGUAUUGGGACAGGUGUCUGAUAAUUCACUACAGCUUAUGCUGUGA